GAAGUGAGCAAAUGAAGCCUCCUGGAUUGAAAUGGCGUCGCUCACAGGUCGCGGCUGCUUCCUCGGCUUCGUGUCGCUACUGAACUUUGCGUUUGUCUUCAUCUCCACCGCAGACUUCGUGCGCUUCGUGUCGUUCAGAGCGAUUUACCACAACAUCACCGGGGAGACGAGCCUGUGUCAAGACUCCAUCUCGUGGACGGAGGCGCUGCAGGACGGUUCUGUCCUCUGGUCCCUGGCUGUGGACGGGGGGCUGCUGGCUCUCUUCACAAUUCAGCACAGUCUGCUGGCCUGGACCCCCGUCAAACAGGCUCUCCAGUCGGUGCUGGGGGUCCUGAACCGGACAGCGUACUGUUUCACCACCGCGCUGGCCCUGCAGAUCCUGAUUCGGUACUGGCAGCCAGUGACUGGCGCCCCCUGUCUGUGGUCGGUGCGUCAUGCACCCUGGAGUAUCUGGUUCCCUCUGCUCUGCUUCACUCUGCACUUCCUCUGCUGGGCGAUCAUCUGCAGCAUCCUCAUGAUCUUUGAUUACCCAGAACUGUUGGGCAUCAAGCAGGUGUACUACGAGUGUCUCGGUUUGGGAGACCCUCUCUCUUACAAGUCCUCCCAAGCCCAGCGCUUCCUGUCCCACCUGCGCCACCCGGUGUGUCUGGAGCUGGGUGUGGUGCUGUGGUUCCUGCCGGCCUUGUCCCUGGACCGGCUCCUGCUGGCCGGGACUCUGUCGACCUACCUGGCCCUGGCACACUCUCUGGACAAACAGGAUUUAGGCUACAUCUGCGUCCAGAUUAGGAGCAAGAUGCAGCUCCUUGCUGAGCCACAGCGCGGCAUCACCGACACCACUGACACCACCGACACCACCGACAGCUACGCCAAGGAGAAGUGAAGCAAAGGUGUGACUGCUGCCUUAAUACUAACCAGAAGUAUUUCUUAUAAAACUGACUUCAGCAGUGACUGUGAUCCUCUGUAAGCCUGAAAUCUGCUGUGCUGGAUAAGAACAUAAAAACACGUGACCUUACUUUACAUUAUCUUUUCAACAUUUUCUUUUUAAUGGUUUCAGACAUAGAACGUUUUAUAACAAACACCUGCUCUACUACUGAUGAUGAUCAGCUCUCUAACGGUUGGCCACUAUUACUGUAACAUUUCUGCACCAACUCAAUUUAAUGGUUAUAUUUUUUUUAAUAAAUCAGAAAGAAUUAAUUUAAAGUGGAUAUUUUUUGUCAUGUAUCAUAUAGCCCCACUAAUACCAGAUUUUUUGGGCUGAUACUGAAUUGUAGUAGUAAUUAGUACAUGUAAUAUGUCUACAUUUGCCUUUAAAUUAAAACAAUAUGUUGUAUUACAUAUUAAACAAAAACUAGAUAUAUGUAGAUUUAUUUUUAAAUGUCACCAAGAUGCAUAAUAAAAAAUAAAGACUUACAGUUGAAGCUGAAAUAUUUCGCAAUGAAUAUGAACAUUGAGUGCCAUUAUCAGAUUUUAGUUUUAUAUGCUGUUAAAUACCAUGUGAGAAGUGCAUUUAUUUUACUGUAUUUUUUAAUGCACUGAUUUUGAAUUUUAAUUGUUCUUUGUGUAAAAUUGAGAUUUCACACUAGCAAAACGAACCUAAAGCUUUAAUGGAAACAACAAUUUCUCAGUUGUGAAUGUAUUUGUUGUAUUUUUUAUGUUGUGGGUUCAUCUGUGGUAACGUCAGAAUAAGCCACUACAAAUUUAA